AUCCACCCGGCCUGGGGCCGGAGCCUGCGAGGCCCGAAAAGCAAAAGGAGUGCGCCGGCGGCUCCGUGCGCAGCACGACCCUCGCCUCUCCGCCUUCUCGCCCGCGGGUCCCCAUCUGCAGACUCCGUUCACGUCUUCGUGGCCGACAAGCCUCGGGAGGGGGUGAGGAGCCGCCGCCCCCCUUCCCGCUGCCGCCGCCCCUGGGGCUUUUCAGGCUCUCCUUUCCUUCACGCGCGCCCCGGCCGCGCGCCCCGGCCGACCCCAGCCAUGUCGAUGCUGCCUUCGUUCGGCUUUACGCAGGAACAAGUGGCUUGUGUGUGCGAAGUGCUGCAGCAAGGCGGCAACCUGGAACGUCUGGGCAGGUUCCUGUGGUCGCUGCCCGCCUGCGACCACCUGCACAAGAACGAAAGCGUGCUCAAGGCCAAGGCUGUGGUCGCCUUCCACCGCGGCAACUUCCGCGAGCUCUACAAGAUCCUGGAGAGCCACCAGUUCUCGCCUCACAACCACCCCAAGCUACAGCAGCUGUGGCUCAAGGCGCACUACGUGGAAGCCGAGAAGCUGCGCGGCCGGCCCCUGGGCGCUGUGGGCAAGUAUCGGGUGCGCCGAAAAUUCCCGCUGCCACGCACCAUCUGGGACGGCGAGGAGACCAGCUACUGCUUCAAGGAGAAGUCGCGGGGCGUGCUGCGGGAGUGGUACGCGCACAACCCCUACCCCUCGCCGCGGGAAAAGCGGGAGCUGGCCGAGGCCACCGGCCUCACCACCACCCAGGUCAGCAACUGGUUUAAGAACCGGAGGCAAAGAGACCGGGCCGCCGAGGCCAAGGAAAGGGAGAACACCGAAAACAAUAACUCCUCCUCCAACAAGCAGAAUCAACUCUCUCCUCUGGAAGGGGGCAAGCCGCUUAUGUCCAGCUCAGAAGAGGAAUUCUCGCCUCCCCAAAGUCCAGACCAGAACUCGGUCCUUCUGCUGCAGGGCAAUAUGGGCCAUGCCAGGAGCUCAAACUAUUCUCUCCCUGGCUUGACGGCAUCGCAGCCAGGUCAUGGCCUGCAGGCCCACCAACACCAGCUCCAGGACUCCCUGCUCGGCCCACUCACCUCCAGUCUGGUGGACUUGGGAUCCUAAGUGGGGAGGAUAUGGGGCCUUCACAGGAUGGCUGGAGCAGCAAGCAAACACAGCAACUAGGACACUUGUAUAUAGAAAUCAGGAACAUCUUUGCAGCUUGUUCCUGGGAUUCUUCCCGCAUUAAGGAAUGGUGGACUUCCACAAAUACGUUUUUACAAACAUCAAAACCAACAGCAAUUCUCAAGCUUAGUCGCCCUGACCCUCUUCUCUCUGACUCUUUCCACUUUUCUGUUUUCUCUCCCAGUGCAUAGAUCAAGG